GGGGGUCGGGGGGGGGGGGGGGGGGGGGUGCAGAAGGAGAGGUGGGUAGCCGCCUUAGUCCCUCGAUAUGUUCUUUAUUUAUUUAUAAUCCUUCCUGCUGAAGUACUUCCUCCGGUCUGCUUCUUACCUGUGGGGAUUCCUGAGCUAAAGUUUACUGGAUGUGUUCAAGGCAUUCACUUUUUUGGGGCAGGUGGAAGCAGUUAGUGGAGGCGGAGGGGGUGGUGGUGGUGGUGGUGGUGGAGGUAUCUCAAGAGAGGGUGGGGGGGGGGCGCUGAAUAAGAGGAAAGCGGAACCAAAAUAAUUGCAUUGGACGAGUUGUGUGCGCUCGGAACUCUCCAGUGGGCUGUCAAUCCACAAACGCUCAGAUAACAGGACGGAUGAGGGAAUAUUUGAGCUGUCUUGGUCAGUCUCUCUAGUUUGGAAUUUCACGAGACAAAGUAUUUGUGUUGGUUGGAAGUCCUAAAGUGUCUAUCAAAUGUGUCCCGGUUUGUGUUGUGUGAUGGCAGCCGUUCAUGUUUGUAUAUGUCUCUCACGACGCUGCAUGCGAGUAUCUUUUUCAUAUGAAGCACAGCCCAGUUUGAGGGCUGCUCUGUACUUUAAUACCUGGCAGAGCGCUAGCAACACACUGUGGUGUAUAAUUCAGCCCGGAGUGCUUACGUUAGAACAGGCUCGGUGAUAGUGGGAGUGGCUGGCACCGGCGGAUCUGGGAUUUGUAGUUUCAAAGCCAGAGCUGCACAGCAGGUCCAGUGCGAUCAGCAGACUCCAUAUCCCGCAGUGCCUUGCCCUCAGCAAUACAGGAAAGAGAACAGCCCGAGCCUAUCCCACGAAAGAGGUGUGGUGACUGAGGAGCUGGCCAGCCAAUGGGAGCAGAGGCAGCAAAGCCGAGUUGUGGGCUGAAAAUAAAGGGGGGUGGGUGUUUAGGUGUCUGCUUGUGUGGGAUCAGGCACGGGCUUGCCUGUAUGACUAGGGCCACUCGCAAGUUUCCUGUUUGGAGCUCGAGCCCUGCCCAGAGACACAAGGCACACGAACGGGGCUGGCAGGCAGACGCAGGAGAGCAAACGGGCCGGGGAGCAGUACUGUCUGGGGAAGGGGCAGACAGACGGGCGUCAGGACGGACUCGCGGGCGGCGGCGGUGCUAGGCGGGUCGGCGGCAGGCUGGUGGAAGAUGUCGUCGGGGGCCGGGGGGCGGGGCUCCAGCAGGCUGCGGGGGGGAGGCAGUGGAGGAGGAGGAGGAGGAGGAGGAGGAGGAGGGGCGGCGGCGGGCGGCGGCGGCGGCGGGGGCCCCGUUGAGGCGGAGGAGGGCCCCGUGGGGAUCCCCUUCCCCGAGCACAGCGCCGACCUGCUGGGCGGCCUGAACCGCCAGCGCCGCAGCGGGCUCCUCUGCGACGUGCUGCUGGUGGUCCGGGACCGGGAGUUCCCGGCCCACCGCUCGGUGCUGGCGUCGGUCAGCAGCUACUUCCACAAGCUGUUCACGUCGGGCGCGGCCGCCGAGCGCCAGAGCGUGUACGCGCUGGACUUCGUGGGCGCCGAGGCGCUGGGCGCGCUGCUGGACUUCGCCUACACCGCCACGCUCACGAUCAGCCACGGCAGCGUGGCCGGCGUGCUCGCCGCCGCGCGCCUGCUGGAGGUGGGCCCCGUCCAGGACGUCUGCACACACCUGCUGGACACCAAAGUGCUCUCCCCGCCGGCGGGCAGCGAACGACGAGACGACAGCGAGGAGGAGGAGGGGGGCGGCCCCGGGGGGCGUGGCCAGGAGGGGGCGGAGCCCGAGCUGCGGGCGCAGGAGUACCUGGAGUACUUCCAGCGGGGGGGGGCCACCUGGAGCAGCAGCUGUAGCACGCCGGAACUCAGGGACCAGGCCACGCAACCGCACUUUAACCACGGCAACGGCACGCCCCGCAGCAACGGCGGGGGGCCCGGGGAGUACUACGCCGCCCUGGCGGUCCAGGCGCCAGGGCGGGAGAUGGAGGAGGACGAGGAAGAGGAGGAGGAGGACGACGAGGACGAAGAGGACGACGAGGAGGAGGGGGAGGAAGGGGAGGCGGCGCAGAGCGAGGGCGGCGGGGGGGAGUGGCGCCAGGGGAACGGGGCUCUGCCUUUCUUCCCCACCGCCGCCGCCGCCGCCGCCCUGAACGGCCACUUCUACCCCCCCCGGCCGGGCCCCGAGGCGGACGGGGAGCUGGCGGCGGCGGUGGCGGCCCGGGAGCGGGACCGCGGCUCGGCCAGCGCGCUGCUGCAGCACAUGAUGGACUCCAUGGAGCGGCAGAAGGAGCGCGCCGCCGCCGGCGAGGACCAGGGGGGGGGCGGCGACGGCAGCGAGGACCCCGACAUGGAGUUUUACUUGAAUUACUUUAACAGCGCGCAUCACGAGGACGGGGGCGCAGUGACGGCGGCCGCGGCUGCGGCCGCGGCGGCACACGGCCUGGUGCCGCCGCACUGGGCCGCGUCCCUCGGCGGGCUGGUCCCCGAGAGGGGGCGGGGCCCGGGCGAGAGGGGGCGGGGCCCGGGCGAGAAGGGCGGCGCCAUGGGAGGAGGGGGCGGCGGGGGGGCCGGUGGGGGCGGCGGCGGCGGCAGCGGCGGGGAGAGGAAGAUGCGGUCGAAGGCGUUCCAGAAGUGCCCCAUUUGCUCCAAGGUCAUCCAGGGGGCGGGGAAACUGCCCCGGCACAUCCGGACGCACACCGGGGAGAAGCCCUACGAGUGCGCCAUCUGCAAAGUGCGCUUCACCAGGCAGGACAAGCUCAAGGUGCACAUGAGGAAGCACACGGGGGAGAAGCCGUACCUGUGCACGCAGUGCGGCGCCGCCUUCGCCCACAACUACGACCUGAAGAACCACAUGCGCGUGCACACCGGGCUCCGGCCCUACCAGUGCUCCAGCUGCUUCAAGACCUUCGUGCGCUCGGACCACCUGCACCGCCACCUCAAGAAGGACGGCUGCAACGGCGUCCCCUCGCGCCGCGGCCGCAAGCCCCGGGUGAGGGAGCCGGCCCUCCUGGAGGCCCCUCUGGACCUGGGCGUGCUGGGGCCCACCGCCGGGCCCCUGGCCCACUCGGGCCCCCAUGGGGCCAGGGGCCGGAGGCGGUCAGACCCCGCCUUAACCGCGGAGGAGGGCGGCCCCGACUUCCUCUCGCACAGUCCUGAGUCACAGGAGAGGCCGGUGGAGAUGGGGCCCUAGGGGGGCCCCCAGGGGUCCGCUAGCCCCCCAGGGGUCUGCUACCCCCCCCCCCCGCUGGACGCCAUAUUCCCUCUGCGGACGCCUGUGAGACAGGCGGCCGGACAGAGAGGAGAAAAAGAUAACAUUUGGAGGGCAAACUUUAACGACAAAGACUAACUUUUUCCUCUUUAAACCAAAUCAGGGUGUCACAAAUCUAAUCUUAACGUUUCGUCGUCCCUCUUUGCUUUUUUGGAAACGGAGACAGCACUUGCGUCUGUUUAAUUGUCAAAGAGCAACGAACACUUCGAAUCAGGCGCCCACGAUGUCCACUUUCUGGGUCACUUUAUUUCCUUAUGAUCUUAGGGAUUUUGUACAUUGGCAUACAUGCUCUUAUUGGUAGAAUGUCACGUGGAUUCACAUCAACUAUGAGCAACUAUGCAGUGGAUGGGAGAUUUUCGUUUCGUAACAGGGUGUCUGUCCAACACCAGGCUCCUGGUUGGGUUAACUGAGGAUAAAUCCUUUUGAAUGAUACAACAUCGUUUUUUUUUCUAUUCUUUUGCAGACAUCUGAAAAUGUACAGUUACCAUAGAAACAACAUUGCCACUCGGUGUGGUAUAUGCAAGUCCUCUUCUUUUGAUGCUCCAGAAAGAAUCCGACGUUGGGUUUGAUUGAAGUGUUUCUUAACUCUCUCUCUCUCUCUC